CGCUAGCGGCGGCGGUGGCGGUGGCGGCGGCGGUGGCGUCUCCUGGAACCGGCGCGAGUCCAGCCCCCGCGGCGGGACCCGGGUCUUGACACGCCCUGCCUGGGCCAAAGCGCACGGAGGAUGGAAACGUGCGCUCGGCCAUGUCUCUGGGCCGCCUCCUUCGCAGGGCCUCCUCCAAGGCCUCGGACCUCCUGACCCUCACCACAGGGGGCAGUGGCGGGUCCCCCUCCAUCCUGGAUGGAGAGAUCAUCUACUCCAAGAACAAUGUCUGCGUGCAUGCACCCGAGGGGCUGCAGGGUCCUGGGGAGCACCACCCAGGGUACCUGUGCCUGUACAUGGAGAAGGAUGAGCUGCUGGGGGCUACCCUCAUCUUGGCAUGGGUCCCCAACUCUCGCAUCCAGAAGCAAGACGAGGAGGCCCUACGCUACAUCACUCCCGAGAGCUCCCCUGUGCGCAAGGCACCGCGCCCUCGGCGGCGGCGCACCACGAGCCUGGGAGCCCCCUACCAGCCCUCUCCCACAGAGCCAAGGCCUCUGCUGACCCCCAAGGAUGAGGACAUCCUGGUGGUCCAGAACACCCAGGGAACUGUGCAUGUCAGCCCUACAUCUGAGGAUGGGGAGAAGCUGGUGCAGGGCCCGGAGCUGGAUGGGCCCCUGCCCACUUUACAACCUGUCCACAGCGACUCUGGGAUCCUGUCUACUGUCAGCUCACAGGAUGGGACAGAGGAUGGCCGGGAGGCACGGCCCGAGGCCGUGGAGGAAGAGGGCUCCUUGGAGUUGUCAGCUGAUGGCGUGAGCAGGGAUAGCUCCUUCGACUCUGACUCUGAUGCCUUCUCCUCACCUUUCUGCCUCUCCCCCAUCAGUGCAGCCCUUGCGGAGGGGAACAGCUCCGCAUUCCUGGAGAGCGAGGGCAGCUCCCCCUCUAGCUCGGAUGCCAACCUGCGGUUCCCCGACAGCAACGGCCUCCUGCAGACACCUCGCUGGGAUGAGCCACAGCGGGGAUGCGCCCUGGAGCAGAUCUACGGUGUGUUCCGUGUGGACCUGGGCCACAUGCGUUCCCUGAGACUCUUCUUCAGUGAUGAGGCUUGCACAAGUGGCCAGCUGGUGGUGGCCAGCCGGGAGAGCCAGUACAAGAUUUUUCACUUCCACCACGGCGGCCUGGACAAGCUCUCCGAGGUGUUCCAGCAAUGGAAGUUCUGCACAGAGACGCACCUCAGGGACCAGCAGGUCACAGAUGAGAGGACUUGCAUGCAGUUUUCUAUCCGAAGGCCCAAGCUGCCAUCCUCUGAGACCCACCCGGAAGAGAGUCUGUACCGGAGGCUGGACGUGUCUGCCUGGCUCAACCACCUGAACGAUCUGGGCCAGGUAGAGGAGGAAUACAAGCUACGCCAGGCCAUUUUCUUUGGCGGCAUUGAUGUGUCGAUCCGGGGGGAGGUCUGGCCUUUCCUACUGCACUACUAUAGCCACGAGUCCACGUCGGAGGAGCGCGAGGCGCUGCGGGAGCAGAAGCGAAAGGAAUACGCAGCGAUCCAGCAAAAAAGGCUCUCCAUGACUCCUGAGGAGCAGAGAGCCUUUUGGCGCAGUGUGCAGUUCACCGUGGACAAGGAUGUGGUUCGGACAGAUAGGAACAACCAGUUCUUCCGAGGGGAGGACAACCCGAAUGUGGAGAGCAUGAGGAGGAUCCUGCUGAACUAUGCUGUGUACAAUCCAGCCAUCGGCUACUCACAGGGCAUGUCAGACCUGGUGGCCCCCAUCCUGGCUGAGGUCUUGGAUGAAUCGGACACUUUCUGGUGCUUCGUGGGUUUGAUGCAGAAUACCAUCUUCGUUAGUUCUCCCCGUGAUGAGGACAUGGAGAGACAGCUGCUGUACCUGCGGGAGCUGCUGCGGCUGACACACCAGCGCUUCUACCAGCACCUGGUGUCGCUGGGCGAGGACGGCCUCCAGAUGCUGUUCUGCCAUCGCUGGCUCCUGCUCUGCUUCAAACGGGAGUUUCCUGAGGCCGAGGCCCUGCGCAUCUGGGAGGCCUGCUGGGCCCACUACCAGACGGACUACUUCCACCUGUUCAUCUGUGUGGCCAUCGUGGCCAUCUAUGGGGAUGACGUCAUCGAGCAACAGCUGGCCACAGACCAGAUGCUCCUGCACUUUGGGAACCUGGCCAUGCACAUGAACGGAGAGCUGGUGCUCAGGAAGGCCAGGAGUCUCCUGUACCAGUUCCGCCUUCUGCCACGGAUCCCCUGCAGCCUACAUGACCUGUGUAAGCUGUGUGGGACGGGCAUGUGGGACAGCGGGUACAUGCCAGCUGUGGAGUGUGCCGGCCACCACCCGGGCUCAGAGAACUGUCCCUAUGGGGGCACAAUGGAGAUGCCAUCACCUAAGCCCCCAAGAGAAGGCAAGAAAGGCCCGAAGGCACCGCGGGAGGCCUUUGGUUUCCGCAGAUAGGAAAGCCUCUGCUCUUGACAAGGAGCAAGAGGAACUCCCUGGGGUCCUGGGCAAGUGGGAGGGGGUGGGGAUGGAUGUGAAGGGAACAGAAUCUAGAAAUACAAGGAAAGGCCUCUGGCCAAUGCGAAGAGAGCCUUGUCACCAUGACGACAAAAUCAGACUCUAGAAGUGACAGCAAAUAUCAGAUGCCCUGAGAAUUCAGCUCCUGAAAGGCUGGCCCCGGAUGUCUGCCUGCUGCAGGCUGC